AUGUCCGAGCAACCGACAAUGGUUAAUCCGGUUCCAUCCACUUUCUUAUCCCUUCUACUGAUUCAUAAUGUUCAGACUGUUCAAGUCGAACUACCUGCGGAAUACUAUGCGGCCCUGGAGGAGCUGCGAACCAUCCGUAUAGCACAACUGGCCUCUGUUGAUCUGCAGCGCGAGAUGGCGGGAUACUUUACGGAGUUGAAUGUAUGGCUUGAGGAACAAGUUCGGCGGCGUCAAGAUGAGAUACAGGCACUUAAAAACCAAGUUGACGGGUUGCGAGAGCAGCUUUUUUCCGAAAAAUUUAGUGGCCGCGCUCCAAAACGGCGCCUUGGACGAUUCCAGGGGGUCCAGGCAGCAAUGAUCGCGAUCAAUAUACGUACUCUUCCGACCGCCAACCACACAAAUCCGUCUCCGCGUGGAAUGGACGUUGGCUAG